GGGAAACAUAGAGAGUGGUAUUAAGAACGAGAUGUGAGAAAGAUAUUAGUCCAGAUUGGAUGAGACCUAGGAUCAACACAGCUCUGCAGAGUUUUUUAUGCUCACCAGACCUGACAAACACUGAGGUCCCACCCCUUCACGCAAGAUGAAAAAAAUUUCUGUUGCUAUUAAUAGCACUUCAAGCCCAGCCCGUGUCAAUGGUAGCUAUGCUAAGUGUGGCCAGAUGAGUAAAAGAGAGUCUGAAGCUAAUCAUGUGAGAGUACAGAAUAGAAAUUGCAAGAACAGACAAGGACCAGGACAUGUCACAACACACAGCCAGGAGCCCAGGGAGCGCCCUUUCUCAGCAGUCAUCACCUCUAAUGGAGCCACACAUUCUCAUCAGCGACGGUGGUCAGGAGAAUUCUGCAAGAGUGUGACCUCGCCCGUCAUUACUGUGAAGAAGAACAAGAAGGAACCACAGCCUCCUCAGCGUGAAGUAUCCCUCCUCCGACCUCACGCAGCGUCCCAUCAUUCAUGCAAACGCUACUCCUGCCCCCCCAUUGGGGCCUUUAGCUCAGCAUCCUCUUCUUCAGCCUCAUCAUCCACUUCUUCCUGCUCCUCUCCUCCUCCUGUGCAGACAUCUGUCAUCACCGGCCCCGACCCUCUAGGCUGGAAGUUGCGUACAAAGUCCAGCUCCACCUCCCGCCAGGCUCGCACAAACAGGCUGUCUCUGCAGAUUCCCCUCCCUGUCAUCUCUCCUGAACCCAAAUCUAAUUCUGCACCUAACUCUCAAUCAGACACCCCUAACCCAGGUCUCUCUCCUGAAACCAAACCACCUCCCAAACCAUCCCGUCGCCGCCACUCUGACUCCUCAGCCUUCCUCAGAUCCCUGCCAACCCCUCAACCUGCUUUGACAGUUGAGGAGCUCUGCGCUGUGAAUCUCCGCCCGCUCACCCUUUUGGAUGAGUCUGACGAUGUCUUCAGUGAAGAGGAGGUGAACGUGGUGACGAAGCCACGCAAAAUACCACCGCCUGUUCCAGAAAAAACUUUCAUGGCAAGACAGAUAGCACAACUGAUGGCUCAUUCACGCCAAGGCUGUAAGCCUGUGGCAGCUAAUAAGGAAAUCAUUUACAGCACUGUCAUAAAGCCAAAGCCCAAACAUUCACACAAGACUGAGACCACUGCAGCCUGAAUGCCAGAACAACUGGGCUGUGUGUGGGUACCAGCUGCGACAGGGAGAGGUCCACUCUGCACUUCCCUGGCUGAGGACACUGAGGGGAAAACUGAGACUCCUUUGACCUCCAAAGCCACCACUACCAGGAACAGUUUUACAGAUUACAGUACAGUCUCCAGUAUGUCCUGGGGAUGGGGCAUCAUGGUAUUUUUGCCUCAUUUGAAAUGUUGUACUCAAAGGUCUUAUUUCUGGAGUGUAAAACACACUUUUCUCACCGCCCUGCAACACAAAUGACUGUUAUUACUUCAGCAUAGCCUGAUAUUUCACCUCUCUGCCAUACAUUGCUGUUGUAACUCAGCUGUAGAUAUUUGGCAAACUUGUCGCUGUUGGAGAAAUAUAACUUUUAAAUGAGUCUUUGUGUGAGUUCAGGCAAAUGUUACUUUAGAGCAUGUGGUGUGGCUUGUGGAGAGAGGAACAAACCCCGCAGAUGAUGCAGUUCCUACUGGUUUCUAAUAGAGAUGAUAAAUCACUAAAUUUCCCUUUAAGGUAUUGUUGUGUAUUUUCUUGUACAGUGUAUGAAAUGUGCCUGAUGUUCUCUGUUGAAAGAAGGUUACUUAAAAUAUUCUUUAGAGGUGAUUUUCUUUAUAGUGCAAUUCAAUGUAUACUCAGCCUCCAGGAAUAAAAAAUGAAGCUAAUGCAGAAGUGCCAAAAACUGCAGUUCCUCAAAUGGCCACUUGAGGCUGGCUCAGAGAACAAGUCAGUCCCCAUAGACCCCCAUGUUAAAAUGCCUAACUUGACAGCUGGAAUACACGUUUACGCCCUGGAACAAAAAACAUUUUGGUACCUAUAGCUAAUUUCUACAUUCAUGACAACUGUGAAGGGGGGGAAAUUUUUAUAUAACUCACCUGUUUACAUGUUAUUAAAACCCAAAGUUACACAUAUUUAAGGGCGUGGUCACUUGAGUGACAGGCUUUCUGCGAGGCGUUGCACCAGUCUAUGAGUCAGCUUUAAUCUUUUGUCCAAAUAUGCUCAGUGAUGGCACUAAAAAACCAAGAUGUCUACAGUCAAAAUGCCAAAAUCCAGGCUUCAAAUUGUGAGUCCACAAACCAGUGGCUGACAUCACAGUGACUAUGUUAUUUGUACAGUCUACAACGAUAACUUACGACAAGGUUUGCUUACAGUUUGUGUGAUAUCUUAUCUCAACAAAAUAUUUGUAUGUGUGGCAUCUACGGGGCAUCUAUAGGGCUAUGUAAAAUUACAUGGUGACGUGACAUUAUAUAUGUAUGUAGCUUAAAAUAACGUUGACUUAUGAUACUGUAUAUAGUGCAUUACUUUUUGUAUGUAUAGGCACCACCAACAGUAAAUGAGGACAGCCCAUUAAAUUAAAACAUUUUAACUUAAAGGAAA